ACCUUCCUGAACUCAGUCAGUUGGUCAUCAAACUCGAGAAGAGUAGAACCUACGUCUUAUUUAAGUGUGAAUACUCGCACGCCGAUAACUUCGACGGGAAGUAUGGGGUUAUUGCUGGUAUUUUUGGCAGCCUUUUUAGGGGUGACCCAUGCUGGCGUCUGUCCCAAAUAUCCGAUUAUAAGGGACUUCGAUUUCCACAGGUAUAUGGGCCUCUGGUUCCAGCAAGACAAGUUGCAAGCCUCAUGGGAGGCUCCUGGAAGGUGCUGGAAGACCCUCUAUUCAAGAGACCGUAAGAAUGGCCAGUUUAAGAUGAGGAUGAUCUUCAGCUCCACCAUAACUGGUCGAGUAGAGGAAUAUGAUUCCCAGCUUACAUUGCAGAACCCUGGAAAACCUUCCAUCAUCAAAUACACCAUCCCACUCACAUUCAUGGAGGAUGAGUUUCAAGUAUUAGCUACAGACUAUGAAAGCUUCGCCAUUGAGUACAAGUGUGAUCCGAAUGGCCUCCUUGAGAAAUUGGAAUCUAUCUGGCUUCUGACACGUGAUAAGAAUCCAACCCCCUUGGUACUACAGCGUGCCUAUGCCAUCAUGCAUCGGUUAGGGGUUGACAUCAGAAAAUUGGAGCGUGUUGAUCAGACUUGUGGUGGUUUGGAAAUAGCUGACUAUGGCGAUUAUGAUUAUUAUAGUAACCCUCAGUUCGUGGACAAUAACAGACGUUAUCAACAACAGAAUAAUGAUUACUACCAGUAUCAAGACUAUUACUAUCAAACGGAUGGCCAGCAAGAAACCCAACAAGAAGGAUCAACCUAUCAGCAGCCUGCUGCCUCUUCCGGAGUUGCAACUGCAACCCAACAACAGCCUUCGCCAGCUAAUUAUCAUCCAGUAUCUUAUCCCCCACAAUCAUCCGACUCGGCGGGAUACCGCAGGCGUAGUCAGGCAAGGAAGAAAACAAACUUAAAACGACAACAGGUUGUUCCCAAUGAUGAGAGAAUCACCCUCGGUCAGUCACUGGCAACAAGGUUAUGGCAUGUUCUUCACACACCAGUCAAGAAAUAGAGAUCAUUUGCCAUGCAUACACAAAAAAUUAACUCCAUAGUCUUUUCUACAGUGGAACUGUAUAAGUCAUAUUGUUAUGAUUUUGUUGUUAUAUGCUUUCAUGUUGUAUCAAAGCAUGUUUUUUUUUUAAUUGUUAAUUGUUAUUUAGAUUUACAUAAUUACUAAUUUAGAAGUUUAUCAAAAUGGAAUCACUGUAAGAAUGGGGUUUGAUGUGGUUAUUGGUGGAACCACAAAAGUUCUUCUCAAAUUUAAGUAAAUUUUAUGUUAAGUUUUCUAUACAUUUCCACCCAAAAAGUAAAUUUGUUAUCUCUCUCAGAGUGAGAAUUAGGUUUUAUCACCUGCUCUCCAGCUGGUCUGGGUACUUCUGCUGGGUUGUGUCUGUAUGUUUGUCUUAUUUAUACUUUCGAUAUACAAACUCGACAGGCCUAAAUAAUUGUGGUUACUACAAUAAAUUACUAGUUUGGGUAAAACCUUCAAUAUAAUAGUAAAAUUACUAAACAAUCAAUGACUGACCUCUUGAUACCUGGCUUUGAUGAAAAAAAUAUUUUUGUUUCUGUUGAAUCUCAUUAGGGUACUGAAUAGGGUUCAGCCUUUUUCUGUUUUGGUGUUUUUGACAUUCUAGAACAGUACAAAUAUAUUAAUUUCAAAAAUGAAAUUAAAAGUUUGAGUAUCUAAUAAAAGCAAAUACAUAAAUUUACCUCUUGUUUUAUCACUAAGAUAUAAUAUCAAUUAGGAAGUUUGGGUGUUGUUAACUUUACGAAUAUAAAUUUUUAUACAUCAGGUAGCCAGUACUAUACUACAUUUUUUGGUACUCCAUAUUAAUGAAAACAUUCAUGUUCUUUGUGUACCACUGCUCUGCAACAUUUGUACAAAGUUAAAUUUAUAUCAUAAAAAAGCAUUGAUCUGCAGGCAUUUCCCACCUGCAACAGCUUGAUAAACAUUAAGAUGAAAGACCUAAGUGCACAAAUCCAGACUAUGCUUUCAAAAUCCCAGAAGGUGUCCCACGUAUUACUCUGUGCUAACCUCCAUUCUGAAGAGUGUAUUCUCUUGUAAAAUCAUCUUUGUAAAACUUUGUUUUAAACAGUGUAAAUUGCAGUGUAGAAGGGAUGAUGUAAAGGUGUGUGCAGAAGGAAGACCAUAAUGCAGUAAGAACUACUUAACUGGAGGUUGGAAGACUCAGACUAACACACUCCAAGAACUUGAAACAAUUGCAGCGAUUCCAGGAAACAAGAGCCUUUAUGUGUGCCAGAUACAUGAAGGAAGAUCAUACUGAAAAUAACUGACCCAUAUUCAUCCCAAUCAGUGAAACAUAACCAUGGAAUAAAUAUCCGAAGAAUCAUGGGGAACAUCUCUUGAAGAAUAAAAUCUUGUAAAGGGGACACAACCAGGUGCCUGCUUGGAGGAUGGUUGGAUGAGGGGAUUCAGAAGCUUGGUUUUUACCUAGGUGGAGAUUUGUAAGUUUUUUUUUGAUGACUUGAAGACAACAUGGGUCAGGAUUUUGUGAGCAGGAACAUUCCUGCAUAUGAAACCGCUAGUGGUCCGGUCCUCAUAAGGCCUGGUGGCACUUGAAUAGUCAACCCUGAGUUUUGGGAGAAAAUGACUUCCCUACAAUUGGUCCAGACUACUAUUAGGAAGAAGUACAUCUCAGCUGAAACUGAUGACCUGUUCUUAGAGUGAGCUGAAGAUACAUUGGUGGAACCAGCCAAUAAAGCAAUCACACACAUGACAUGGGCAAGAUUGCAGGUGAAGGGGACAUCCAUUUAACUUCACUGUAGCUUGCAGUGGUGAAAGAGACCAGCCAAGGGAUUGAAAGCAUGUAGACAGCAAGUGGCUAAGGAGUGAUAUUAAUAGCCUUCCCACAGAUGAAUCCAUGAUUGCAAAGAAUUGAUCAUGGCCACCAUCUCCUCAAGAGAAUCGGUAAAAGAUGCAUUUACUGAAUGCUGAAACUCUUAACAAAUUUAAGGAAAAGAAGGUAUUAGAUGGGACACAAGUAAGAGGCACAUAUUGAAGUUGAGAUGCAGGCAUCAAAUAGAUGGAAACAUCACUCUUGGGUGUCACAAGGGGACUGCUAAUAACAGUAAUAGAGACUGAAGGAGGCUUUAAUUUUCUACUGGUGAUCAUCUUUACACGAGGUGGCAGCAUUUAGUAAGUAAAGUGUCAUUCAGUGAUCCCAUAUUAUGAAAAACUAUACUUGACGCUAUAGAUCACUAUAACAAGAAUAAGGACCACUAGAACAUGAACAAGUAAGGGAUGAAGAAAUUACACAUAGAAAAAUAAAAUUUAAAUUCACAAAUUAAUUCACAGUGUACAGUUAAAAUAAUGUAAUCAGAUACUAUGUUCUAGCCCCCUAUUACCAAGCAAAUGAAAUUACCAAAUAAAAUUAGUAUUGAAUUUCAAUAUUAUAAGAACCACAGAGUUGUUGCAAGAAAAACCAGGAUUUGUUAAGUUUCUGAAACCUCAGUGAACAAGAAAUCCAUGUGAAUCAAGAAUUAUGAAACUUAAAACAUCUGGAGGAAAGUACUCACAGUAGCAAAAUGCCACUAGCCUGGAAGGUUUAAUAUUCACAACACCACACCCACACAAAUAUAUUUACAAUGAAGUGAUUGGCAAAUAGCAAUAUACAUUCCAAAUAUGACAGAGCAAGGCAGAAUGAGGUGGACAACUUCUGGGAUGCUGGAGCGUGGUCUCUGUGAAGUUAUGCCUUCGUCUUUCAAGAUCAGUCAAGUUGGUACAGCUGGAAAAUGUUUGCACAGAAAAUAAAUGGAUAAGUUGAUCAUUGCAUGCUGUAUUAGUAUACAUUAACUUAUUUUCAUCAUCACGCCUGCUGGUUAGGCUUUUAAAAUGACAAAUUUUUAAUAAUUUGUAUUUUUCAUAGCUAACAAACCUUUGGUCUUGACAAUAGGAUAAUCUUUAAGCUCCAGCUGGAAACCUGAUAUAAAACACAAUCACAGAUUGUAAAGCAAAGAAUCUGUAGCAUCUAUUUGUUAUACUUAUAAAUUAUUUAUUUCUAUAAAUAUGUUCACAGCACUU